AUGCUGAAAAAAUUUAAUAAUAUUAAAUCAUCUGCUGAUUCAUUAACAAAUGAUAUGAUUGAAUUCUUUCUUCCGCCACAAGAACAAUUUACUGUUGAUCAACAAUCACAUUAUAUUUAUUCAUCACGAGAAAUGACUCGUUGGGUUCGAGGUAUAAAUGAAGCUAUUCGACAUGUACAAAGUUUAAAUGGUGAAGAAUUAGUUCGACUUUGGGCACAUGAAGCAUUACGUUUAUUUCAUGAUCGGUAAGAAAGAUAGUGAAUAAUUUCUUGUAUAUAAAUAUCUCUUUGAAAUAUUUAGAUUGAUAUAUGAUUAUGAACGUCA